UACACACACAACACACAUAAAACACAUAACAUACACACACAUUUGUACUUGUGGUUGUGAUUUUUUUUAUGGCGUGUGUGUGUGCGUGGGUGUGUGUGAGUGAGUGUGUUUGGAGGGGCACAACGGAACAGCGGCGCGGCGUCGGUCCACUCGUGCUGCUCGACCGAAUAUUAUUGUCCGUGCCCGGUUCUAAAGUUAAAUGCUCCCUGCCUGAAACCUGAGUUGUUUCAUCUUUUGAUCGAGUCGAAGUGAAGAACAGCUUGGCAGAGUUUAUUCAUUCUGCACAGUACUGUCACUUGGCUUGCACUACCUGUCGUCCAGGUUACGAAGUUUCACAGAAACAAUGGAGUCUCAGGAGUCCGAUAUAUGCGCCCCAGAUGAAAUGGAGAUGAUGCUAGGCGACCCAAGCGUCCCGGACCUGAUGAACGAUCCCCUCCUGGUUGACUGGAGCGGAGUGGAAAUACCGACUUCAGACCCCCCUUUUGUCAACCCCACCGGCCCGCUGCCGGCCCGAACCGAGUUUACAGGCGUCCACCUUUUUGACGCCAAGGUGGACAUGACGGGCCAGCAGAAGAAGCUGUACUAUAUGUCAACCAAACUAAACAAGAUAUUUGUGGACUUGGGGAAGGUGGUCCCCAUACAGAUCAAGUGGGAUGGGACCGCCAAUUUAUAUGUGAGGGCUCUCAUGAUGUUCACACAGCCAGACCAAUGGAAGAACCCCGUCAAACGGUGUGUGACCCAUCGGGACAAAGAGGACCCCACAAAUAAAUCGUAUGAUCAUAGUGACCAUGUGUUAGCGAUGGAGAAUGAGGGAGCGGAAUAUUAUAUUGACCCAUUGUCCAAGAGACACUCGGUGAAGGUGCAACUGCACCUUCAGUCAGGGUGCGAGUAUGCGCUGGUUUCGCUCAAGUUUAUGUGCAAGACCUCCUGCACUGGAGGGCUCAAUCGAGCCCCCACGGAUGUGGUUUUCACUCUAGAAGAUGCCCAGGGUACGGUCUUAGGAAGACAGGUCAUUGGGGUCAAAAUUUGUUCUUGCCCUAAGAGAGACAAGGAAAAAGAUGAACAAAACCUUGCCGAACCCUCAAAUGGAAAACGUAAAGUCAAAGUUAAAAGGGAGGAGAAACAGAGUUCGGCAGAAGAACCUCCAUUGAAGCGUGUCAAACAGGAGUUCCCUACUGACGCAGCCCCUGUUUCAUUCAUGGUAACAGCCGUCAAUGCUGAGGUGGCAAAACUGUUUAAAGAGAAUGCGUUCCAUUGGAAUCAGGUGAAAAUGGUGGAGCUUUGCACCCCUGGGGCAAUUCCAACUCCUCUCAUCAGUGUCACAGAUGACAUUGCCGUGCUGCCGCAGCCAUACAAUUAAUUUUGUCAACGGACUUGAAUGCUGCAGUUUAAACUUGCUUUAGCUUCAUGUUCAGUUUAUUUUUUAUUUUGAUUAUAUUACUAUUAUAUCUUUAGAACAUCAUGUGAGACAAUUUUUCUCAGGAAUGCACUCUCUUCAAACACUGCUGCUUGAAGACCUGAGUAGGUACUUUGUGUGCACCACUGUCAUGUUUGCAGGGACCAUCUGCCUAAGAACCAAAUUGUUGUGUUUCUGUCCCAGUUGGUUUAAGUUAUGCAGUGGAUAACCUGAGGUCAAGUUAAGGUCUGCUAUUUUUUUUAAAUUCAGAAGCAUGGAAAUUAUUUUGUGAUUUAGUAAUGGUGGCCUUACUGUUAGUUCAUAAAUAAUGUUGAUCCCUAUGGUAUGAUUCUUACCAUUGUUUAUUUUUAUUAUACUUAAUUAAAAUGUUAAGCAUUAGUUAUAUUUUUCCAAUUACAAGACUGUUUGAGUACAUCAAUACCUGCCCUUUCUCAGGCAUUGGAGCUUUUGCAGCUCCUAUUUUGCCACUGGACUGCAAAAUGCUGUUGUACUUUCUACUCUAAGACAUGUGAUUUUUUUUUAAAUGUUGUUAAACAAAAAUAAAUUUGUAAACUGCCA